AUAUAAGAAGAUACAGUGUGUUAACGGAAAAUGGGAAAGAGAUCGUGAAGAAGGGUCAAACAAAAGCAAAGGAAAACAAAAGGAGUUCGGAUAAGCCUUCUGUCGAUUCUACGAUUAAGUUGCAAGAACACAAUAUGAUCAUAUCCAAUAUUAAUGGCGAGGAAGACGACGUGACUAACAAGGGAAGAGAAGGAAGCUUCCAUGCUGAGCGAGAUCUAAAUAAUUUGAAAUCUUCUUCAAGUAGUGAAAAAGAUUUAGAUAUCAAACAGGAACAUGUGGCAAUCAAUGCUGAUGAUCAUAUUACAAAUGACAAUCCAUCACUUAUGGAGACAAACAACACAUAUCAUAGCUCGUCCUCUGUACUUAAAAAUGAUCAGGAGAAUGGUGAAGAUGGUGAAGAUAAGCUGAUCAAAUUAACUAAAGCCGAAAUGAGUGACGUGAAAAAAGAAAAUGAAAGGCUGAAGCUGGUACUGUCACGUCUCCUAAAGGAUUAUCAGUCUCUCCAAACACAUUUCUUUGAGAUUCUUCGAAACCAAGAAGCUAAGGAUAAGACUAAUGAGGACAUAAAACCUCUUAUGAAAAUUAAUGAUUCUAUUACUGCAGCUGAUCAUAAUAAUAAUCAUGAUCAACUUUCUCUUAGCCUUGGGAGAACCUCAAGUGCUAGUACUACAACUCAUACUGAUCGGGAACCAAGAACUAACAAUGAGAAGAAGAGUAGUAUAAGUACUAGCAGCAAAGGCAAUGAUGACUAUCGGGAAGGGCUUCAUAGUAAUAGUGGGAAACUUGCUCUAGGGUUAGGUACUGGAUCUACUUCGACAGAUGAUCAUCAGAUGAUGAAGAAGUCGACAAGUAGUGAUGAUGAUAUCUUAGAGGACAAUAAAGAGGAGGCCACCACCGAGCCCACUGAGAUGUGGCCGCCGAGUAAAGUCCCCAUCAAGACUGUGCGAAGUGAAGGAGAAGAAAAUGAUGGGGUUUCACAGGUCUCCCCUUUGAAGAAAGCUAGGGUUUCAGUCAGAGCAAGAUGUGAUACCCCAACGAUGCACGAUGGAUGUCAAUGGAGAAAAUAUGGUCAAAAAAUAGCGAAAGGAAAUCCAUGUCCUCGAGCAUACUACCGUUGCACAGUCUCACCAUCUUGCCCCGUCAGAAAACAGGUCCAAAGAUGCAUUGACGACAUGUCUAUCUUGAUCACCACCUAUGAAGGAACCCACAACCACCCACUUCCCAUCUCCGCCACAGCCAUGGCUUCCACCACUUCGGCCGCCGCUUCCAUGCUUCAAUCUCGUUCAACCACUUCUUCUUCCAAUCACCUCCUUCCGGGAGGGCAUAAUAGUAAUUUCCUCACUACUCCUAGCACUACUCUCUUCCAAACCUCAAACAAUAAUAAUAAUAUUAGACAACCCUUACCCCAACAAUUCUAUUUCCCAAACAAUACCUCGUUCUCUACCUCCAAUUCUCACCCAACAGUCACUCUAGAUCUAACGGUCCCAAACCCCUCUUCAACUUCUCAUAUGGGACCCAGAUAUUCGUCCACGUGUCUCAGCUUUUCCACCUCGUCUUCUAAUUCCUCUUCCGUACUACCGUGGAACAAUAUUACAAAUGGUUACAGCAAUAGUAAUAAUAAUGGUUACUUGAGCAAUUAUAGUAUUAUGUCUCAUCAAAACAAAUUAUCAAACCCAAGUGUUGGAUCUCAUGGGACAUUGGUGAUUAAUAACGAUGGGAAUCACAACAAGAAAGUACCAUUUCAAGAAGCUAAUAAUAGUACUAAUAACUUGUAUCAGUCUUACAUGAACAACAUUGUUAACCUGAGUAGUACUAGUAAUAGUACCACUGCUUCAACCCUUAAUCAUCAACAGCAGCCAUUGACGACGGAGACUAUUGCGGCGGCGACCAAGGCUAUUACAUCCAACCCGAAGUUCCAAUCGGCUUUGGCGGCUGCCCUCUCCUCUUUUGUUGGUAAGGGGGAGAGUGGAGUGUGAAACAAUGAUGUAUAUGUAUAUAAAUCAAGAUCUUCUAGCUCCAGAGAUUUCAUAUAUAUGUGCGUACUGUGUAAAUAUAUUUUUUGAUGACAUUAAUUUCCUUUUCAGAAACACAUAUAUCAAAAGUGUAAUUUUAUAUUAAAAUUACCAACUGCUAAAUAAUGUGAUUUUUUUUAUCCAAA